GUGUGUGUGUAUAUAUAUGGCCUGUAUUUCAGAAUAAAGAUAGUAAAAAGCAACUUUUUAAAGAAAUAUCUAUAAACUUUCAAUUUGUUUUCAUAGGGCUUUCUAGAUUUCUUUUACCUUAUGUCUGGGAGAUUUGUUGUAUUAUUCGCUGGAAAGAUCUGCAUCUUGAGAUAUGUUUUUAAGCCAGCAGGCUUCCAGGUUGUUGCCAUAUUUCUGUACCCUUUCAUUAAAUGCUGCUUAUGUGAUGGUUCGUAACGAUGGCACCACAUGAGACAAAUAAAGGUCACUUGAGUGCAUGUGCUUAAACAACAUUGGCUUGACUUUGUUUUUCAGUUUUGCGCACUGUGAAGAGACUGAUUGCUGUAUAUGCCUUUCUCCGGCAUGAUACAUAAUGUGAACAUUCACCAGGAGGGGAAAAGCCUUUGAACUUGGGAAUCAUUUCUAUGAGGCUUUGUCCAAAAGCUUUGUGGAUCAGAUUAGUUAUGGAGAAACUUAAUUGGCUAAGGGACACGGACCUGUGUGUCGGCACAUUGGAGAUUGUCGCCUGUGCUAUUGUGAUUGCUGUCAGUGUUCCUGGAAAUAUAUUGUUGAUUUUCUGCACAAGGAGAUGCAUCGAUGACCAGUUGCGAACCUCAUUCACACUUAUUUUCAGUCUUGCAUGGGUAAAUCUUAUACACAACUUGGCGGUGAAUGUAUUGAAGAUUGUUUAUGCCUCUGCUGUGGCGUUGGAUUCAGCCGGCUGCAAAGUUCUCAUAUUCCUAACAAAUUUUACUACUUCUGAAGCCAUAUGGUUCACGUUAUAUAUUGCUUUGCUCUACUGUUUUAAAUUGUGUCGAGUGGUGCAUCCACCAGUUGAGGCUGCAUGCAGAAAGCAUCUGACGUGUCACAUGGUGCUGAUUUCUACUCUCUGGGUUGCUGGCGCUGCAGCAUCCUGUCCACUGUUACUGUAUACAGGGAGGACUGAAAAGCUGUAUACAGAAAAUGAAACUAACCAGCAACUUAGCAAUGUGAUAUAUGCUGAAUGUAAGACGGAAUACAGAAAUGACCUGAUGGAGAUUUUGUAUGGGAAAAUCUUCCUAGUGGCUAUUGAUCUUCUUCCACUGCUAAUUAUGCUCCUCGCUGGAUUCCGAAUAGUAUACCUCCUUUGGAAACACAAGAUGGCAACAUGUGGAGGCAUAUGGAUUGGGGGCGAUGCUAUUGAACUUGAGGUCGUCAGGGCAUGUAAACUCAUUCUGUUAUUAAUAUUGCUUAUUAUUUCUCUCUGGGUAUCUUACUUCAGCCUGGUUUACUGCCUGAAGAAAUUUAGAUCUUAUUACUUUGGUCCACCAGUCCUGACAGUCCUGUCUUCAGGAUACUCAGUUAUCAGCCCUUAUGUGCUUAUGUUGCUUAACUACAAACUGAUAGUGAGGAUAAGGUGCUUCUGUUGCAAGAGCGAGAAGAAACAGGUAACUGUGUCAGCUAUCGCUCCUGUGUCUCCAUAUGCCUAGCAGCCAGAAUUCUUUUGCAAAAGGACUCUGAAAAAAGAAUGUGGGAAUUGGAAACAAAGACAAUGUCUAUCUUUAUUGUAUAAUGAUAUACAUAUAUUUUAUUAUGAGCUCAUUCCCCAACCCUCAAUCCAAUGGAUUAGGCAUGGCGUCAAUUCCAGCAGGUGUUCUGGUAUCUCUCAGGUUGGUGCCAUUGCAAUUCUAAGAGAAUGAGAGAAGUGUUCAUAGUGAGUUCUGGAGCACCCCUUAAAAAAAAUAAAAAAUAGCACUGGUUUCCAAGGCAUACAUGACUAUGACCAAGUCAGAUCUCACCAUAACGUUCUACUCAGGAACACUUCAGAUGCAGAGAUACUCUGCCCCUAGUUUGGCACACAGGAUCAGUUGAUGUAUGUGCUGGUUGUGGAGGCAAUUAACAUGUCUGGGCAUCACCUAGCAGAUCUUCUUCUCUCUGGCAUUCCUCAGUUGCUGUUUGGUGUCAGCACCCUGGAGCUGCAUUCUCCUGCUCAGCCAUGAUUGACAAGUGGCAUGGAGCCUGGUGCCAUUGCCCAAUCUCUGCAGAGGUGUGCAGUCGUUGUGCCCAUGAUUUACGAUCAAAACGUAUCCUUAAAUGCGCUUUAUAAUGUGCAAGGCAUGGAUUAUGUAUAGAAUGGAUUAUGAUAGCCGCAUCUGUUUCAUUCUAUUUUAGAAUGUAAGUAAUGUGAUUUUCCCCCAAAGCCUUAAACGCCUAUUUAAGUGGCUAUAUAUUUUAUGCUGUAAUGUGUUGCACAAGCAAUAAAGUAUUUUAUAUUACAUUGA